GAACUGCUCCAGAAGGAGGCAGAGGGAAAUAGCCCAGCUGCAAGGGGUGUUGUUUGGGAAAGUGAGACCUCCCUCUUCUCUAUAUUAAUAUCUAAUUCUGCUUCCAUUUUUUCCUCUACAGGAACCUUGGUGUGUUCCCAGAAGAGUUCCAAGAGAAGACCUGCUCAGGGAAAGGAGGAGCGACUGUUACAAGGAAUAGGAACUGAAGCAAAAAACCCAGAAGAACCCCAGUGUUGCCCCUUCAUUCUCUAGCUCCUCUUCCUCUCCUCUUCUACCAGGAAACUCCUCAGGGAAGUGUAUGACCUCAGAGAGGCAGCCCUGUGAAUGGAGCUUUCAGGACAUCCAGAAAGUUCCAUUGUCUGUGUCAUCCCCAUUAUGCUAUAAUGAAUUGUGGAUUUCAGGCGAUUAGAUAGUUGAGGAGCAUCCCUGGAGAAGCCAAGAGCUCUUUAUUCAUUUUUCAAAUAGGUACAAUUAAAGUGGACACCAUGAGCAACACGGAUUACUCUCAGAAGAUUUAAAAAGCUAGGCCAAAGGAAAGAUUUCCACUGACCACAGAACCUUCUUGCUUGCAAAACACAAUACAGACAGCACUAACUUAUCAAUUGAUACAUGUCUUCCGCCUGGGAUCCUGAAAGAAAUAAUGAAUGACUUCAUAUCCCUGAAAGUACUGCUGCCAAUAUCUUCCUUGGAUGUUCUCCAGGAGUGACUCCAUACAUCACAUGAGCCACUCCCAGGGACGCCCAGAACUGCCCCCGCUGCCUGCCUCAGCCAAUGAGGAACCUUCUGAACUCUAUCAGACUGUCAUGUCGCACAGCUUUUAUCCCCCAUUGAUGCAACGCACAUCAUGGACCCGGGCUGUGCCCUUCAAAGAGCAGAACCACCACCGUGGACCCAGCGACUCCAUUGCCAACAACUAUUCCUUGAUGGCCCAAGACCUGAAGAUGAAAGACCUGCUGAAGGUCUAUCAGCCAGUCAACAUUAGUAUCCCUAGGAACAGGGCUAGUCUGGGGCUGCCAUCAGCAACCAAAAGCUCAUCAGAGCCCAACAAGAAGAGAAUGAAGUUCUGUCUCAAAGACAAAGAGGAUUUUACUGGGACCAAGUCGCCCUGCUCCACAUACUCAUCCAUGAAGAAGGAGGAGGACACAGCUGUCAGCCUCCCUGGAAGCAGACCAAUGAGUCCAGAACAGCAGAUUGAUGUGAUGUUGCAGCAGGAGAUGGAAAUAGAAAGUAAAGAGAAAAAACCAUCUGAAUUAGACAUGGAGAGAUACUGUUACUAUUUGACUAAUGGAAUCCAAAAAGACAUGAUUACACCCCAAGAGAAUGAAGUGAUGGUUCGGAUUUCAAAGCUGAUUUCUACUGCGUUGUUGACAAAUCCCUCCCUGGUACCGCUGCUGGUCACCCUUGAGGAAGAGAAGGAAAACGACUAUUACAGUAGCCUCAUGAAAAGCAUUGUUGAUUACAUCCUCAUGGACCCACUGGAGAAAAAAAGACUCUUCAUUGACAGCAUCCCACGCGUGUUUCCUCAGAGAGUGAUCCGGGCCCCUGUGCCCUGGCAUGCCACCUACAGGAAUAACAAGAAGUGGAACGAGGAGCACCUGCACACGGUGAACCCGAUGAUGCUCAUCCUGAAGAACCUGUGGUUUGAAGAAUUUAAAGACCUCAGGUUUGUGCGAACAGCAGAAAUACUGGAGGGGAAACUGCCUCUGCAGCCGAGCGAAUAUUGGGAAGUGAUCCAGAACCACUGCCUGGAAGCUCGCCAAGUUCUCCUCACCAAGUGGAUCCCUACCUGUGCCCAGCUUUUUGUCUCACAAAAGGAACACUGGAUCCGCUUUGCUCCCAAGAGUGACUAUGACUCCUCUCGAAGCAUCAAGGAAUAUUUUGCUUCGGUUGCUUCCUUCAUGUCACUGCAGCUCAGAGAGCUGGUCAUCAAGUCCCUCGAGGACCUCGUUGCCCUCUUCAUGAUACACAAGGAUGGAAAUGACUUCACAGAGCCCUACCAAGAGAUGAAUUUCUUCAUACCCCAGCUAAUUGUGAUCAAACUUGAAGUCCAGGAGCCCAGUAUUGUAUUUAAUCCAACUUUUGAUGCAUGCUGGGAAUUGAUAAAGAAUUCUUUCUUAGAAAUUAUUAAGAACUCUAAUGGGAUCCCCAAGGUGGAGUCUGUCCUGUUCCCAGAGUUAAAGGGAUAUAACCUGAUCCUUGGAACAGUGGACAGUAAAGAAAAACUUGUUUCUGAUUUUGUGGAUCAAACUUUUGACGUAUUUCAGAAAAAUCAAGUUGGCCCCCACAAAUAUUUAAAUGUAUACAAAAAGUACAAUGAUCUAUUGGAUAACAUGGCAGAACAAAACAUCACUGCUUUCCUGAAAGAAAAUCAAGACAUUAAUGAUUUUGUGACGAACAUCAAUGGCAUAAAAAAGCGGAGAAGUGAAAUUGCAUCCAUGCACAUUACUGUGCCUUUAGCCAUGUUCUGUCUUGACACCAUGACCCUAAAUUAUGAUCUCUGUGAGAGAGCCCAAAAUCUCAAAGACCGUUUGAUUCGAUACCAAGUGGAUGUAAAUCGGGACACCAAUUCCAGCAUUUGUAAUCAGUACAACACCAUUGCAGAAAGAGUCAGUGAGAUUCCUGCCAACACUAAGGAGCUGGUACUUCUCAUUGAAUUCUUAAAGAAAUCCAGUGAUGUCACUGUGUUCAAACUCAGGAGACAACUUAGAGAUGCAAGUGAGCGGCUGGAGUUCCUGAUGGACUAUGCAGAUUUGCCCCAAGAGGAUAUCAAACUGAACAGCACUCUGUUCCUCUGGCCAGAUCAGAUUGAAGAUAUCUUUGAAAACAGCCGAAACCUGCUCCUUAACAAGAGAGAUCUGGCAGAAAUGGACCUGAUUAAAAGGUGCUCAGAAUUUGAGUCAAGACUGGAAGGCUACAGCAAAGAACUGGAAGGCUUUAGGAAGCGGGAAGUGAUGACUACAGAGGAAAUGAAGAACAACGUUGAAAAGCUUCAUGAGCUUUCAAAGAACUUGGAUCAGGCGCUGAUGGAAUUUGAGUUGAUCAAUAAAGAGGAAGAGCUGUUGGAAAAGGAGAAGAGUUCAUUCCUACUUCUGCAAACCUUGAUAACCAACAAAGUACCUUACGAGCAGCUGUGGGUGACGGCCUACGAGUUCAGCACCAAGUCAGAGGAAUGGAUGAAUGGCCCCCUCUAUUUACUGAAUGCUGAGGAAAUCGCAGAGGAGAUAGGGAACAUGUGGAGGACGACAUAUAAAUUGAUCAAAACCUUUGCAGAUGUGCCUGCACCCAAACGCUUAGCAGAGAAUGUCAAGAUAAAGAUCGAAAAGUUCAAGCAACACAUUCCUAUCCUCAUCAUUGCCUGCAACCCGGGAAUGAAAGAUCGGCACUGGCAGCAGAUCAGUGAGAUUGUUGGCUAUGAAAUAAAGCCCACGGAAACAACCUGCCUCUUAAAUAUGCUGGAAUAUGGAUUCGGCAAAUACGUUGAAAAACUGGAGCCCAUUGGUGCAGCUGCCAGUAAGGAAUAUUCCCUGGAGAAGAACUUGGAGAAAAUGAAAUUAGACUGGAUUAACAUGACAUUCAGCUUCGUGAAAUACAGGGACACUGAUACUAGCAUCCUGUGUGCAAUUGAUGACAUUCAACUGCUCCUCGAUGACCACGUGAUAAAGACCCAGACCAUGUGUGGCUCUGCAUUCAUCAAGCCAAUAGAAGCAGAGUGCCGGAAAUGGGAAGAAAAGCUUGUUCGUGUGCAGGAGAAUUUGGAUGCCUGGUUGAAAUGCCAAGCCACUUGGCUGUACCUGGAACCCAUCUUCAGUUCAGAGGACAUUAUCGCCCAGAUGCCAGAAGAGGGCCGAAAAUUUGGCAUCGUGGAUGGUUACUGGAAAACGCUUAUGGCCCAAGCGGUGAAAGAUCCCAGGGUUCUGAUGGCAGCAGACCAGCCACGGAUGACUGAGAGGCUUCAAGAAGCCAACAUUCUACUGGAGGACAUCCAGAAAGGUCUAAAUGAUUACUUGGAGAAGAAGAGACUAUUUUUCCCCAGGUUCUUCUUUCUGUCAAAUGAUGAGCUGCUGGAGAUUCUGUCUGAGACAAAGGACCCCCUCCGAGUGCAGCCUCACUUGAAGAAGUGCUUUGAAGGCAUUGCCAGGCUGGAGUUUACAGACAGUCUGGAAAUCACGGGCAUGAUCAGCUCAGAGAAGGAAACUGUUCCAUUCAUACAGAAAAUCUACCCAGCUAAAGCCAAAGGCAUGGUGGAAAAGUGGCUCCAGCAGGUGGAGCAGAUGAUGCUGGCCAGCUUGCGGGAAGUUAUCAGACAAGGGAUUGAAGCAUAUGCCAAGGUCCCUCGUAACUCCUGGGUCUUACAGUGGCCUGGCCAGGUAGUUAUCUGUGUCUCCUCCAUCUUUUGGACCAAGGAGGUUUCCGAAGCCCUGGUUGAAAAUACCCUCCCGGAUUUUCUGAAAAAGAGCAAUGACCAGAUUGCACAGAUUGUCCAACUGGUGCGAGGGAAACUGAGCAGUGGAGCUCGACUCACUCUCGGGGCCCUCACUGUCAUCGAUGUCCACGCUCGUGACGUGGUGGCCAAGUUAGCUAAGGAUGGAAUCUCUGAUCUGAACGAUUUCCAGUGGAUCUCACAGCUGCGCUACUACUGGGAGGAAAACGAUGUGCAUGUGCAGAUGAUAACCACAGAAGCCUUGUAUGGCUACGAGUACCUGGGAAACUCCCCCCGGCUGGUGAUUACACCCCUCACGGACCGCUGUUACAGGACACUGAUGGGUGCUCUGAAGCUGAACCUUGGGGGAGCCCCAGAGGGUCCAGCAGGAACAGGCAAGACAGAAACCACCAAAGAUCUGGCUAAAGCUUUGGCCAAGCAGUGUGUGGUCUUCAACUGCUCAGAUGGUUUGGAUUACAAAGCCAUGGGGAAGUUCUUCAAGGGGCUGGCCCAGGCUGGAGCAUGGUCCUGUUUCGAUGAAUUCAACAGGAUUGAGGUAGAAGUGCUGUCUGUGGUGGCCCAGCAGAUUCUCAGCAUUCAACAAGCCAUUAUCCGGAAGCUGAAGGUAUUCGUCUUUGAAGGCACUGAGCUCUCUCUGAACCCAACUUGUGCUGUCUUCAUCACCAUGAACCCCGGGUAUGCUGGCAGGGCGGAGCUGCCAGAUAACCUCAAGGCAUUAUUCCGGACAGUGGCUAUGAUGGUGCCAGAUUAUGCCCUCAUUGGAGAAAUCUCCCUCUAUUCUAUGGGGUUUCUGGACUCUAGAAGUCUUGCCCAGAAGAUUGUUGCGACCUACCGCCUGUGCUCAGAGCAGCUGUCCUCCCAGCAUCACUACGACUAUGGCAUGCGGGCUGUCAAGUCUGUGCUCACUGCUGCUGGCAACCUGAAGCUCAAGUACCCAGAGGAGGAUGAAAGCGUCUUGCUGCUCCGGGCCUUGCUUGACAUCAACCUGGCCAAGUUCUUAGCUCAAGACGUUCCUCUGUUUCAGGGAAUUAUCUCAGAUCUGUUUCCUGGAGUCGUGCUUCCAAAGCCAGACUAUGAAGUUUUUCUGGAGGCACUGAAUGAGAACUUGAAAAAGAUGAAACUCCAGCCAGUGCCUUGGUUUAUUGGGAAAAUUAUCCAGAUCUAUGAAAUGAUGCUGGUAAGACACGGCUAUAUGAUUGUUGGAGACCCCAUGGGCGGAAAGACUUCUGCUUAUAAGGUGUUGGCUGCAGCUCUGGGUGAUUUAUAUGCAGCCAAUCAGAUGGAGGAGUUUGCCGUGGAGUUCAAGAUCAUCAAUCCCAAGGCCAUAACAAUGGGGCAGCUGUAUGGGUUUUUUGACCCAGUGAGCCAUGAAUGGACGGACGGUGUCCUAGCCAAUGCUUUCCGAGAACAAGCAUCUUCAGUGUCUGAUGACCGCAAGUGGAUUAUUUUUGAUGGACCAGUGGAUGCUGUUUGGAUUGAAAAUAUGAACACUGUUCUGGAUGACAAUAAAAAGCUGUGUUUAAUGAGUGGGGAGAUUAUCCAGAUGACCACCAAGAUGAGUCUGAUCUUUGAGCCAGCCGACCUUGAACAGGCCUCUCCUGCCACCGUGAGUAGGUGUGGGAUGAUCUACAUGGAGCCACUUCAACUAGGCUGGAAGCCCCUGAAGGAUUCGUACAUGGACACUCUGCCCACCAGCCUCACUGAGGAACACCAUGAAUUGGUCAAUGACAUGUUCAUGUGGCUUGUCCAGCCCUGCCUGGAGUUUAUUCAUCAUCAUUGUAAAUUUGUGGUUCAAACAUCUCCCAUCCACCUUGCCUUCUCAAUGAUGAGACUGUACUCCUCUCUGCUUGAUGAAAUCAGAGAAAUUGAUAAGGAGGACUCCGAAUUAUUUGAAAGCCUAUCAAAUCAACAGGUCUUCCUCUGGCUACAAGGACUAUUCCUCUUUUCUUUGGUGUGGACAGUGGCCGGAACCAUCAAUGCGGACAGCAGAAAGAAAUUUGAUCAGUAUUUCCGCAACCUGAUCAUGGGCAUGGAUGAUAAACACCCAAGGCCCAAAAGUGUCAAACUCACCAAAAACAACGUCUUUCCAGAUAGAGGAAGCAUCUAUGAUUUUUAUUUCUUCAAACAAGGUAGUGGACAUUGGGAAGCCUGGACAGAGUACAUCACCAAACAGGAGGAAAUUAUCCCCGAUGGUGCAAAGGUCUCAGAACUCAUCAUCCCCACAAUGGAGACGGCCCGGCAGUCCUUCUUCUUGAAAACCUACUUGCACCAUGAAAUUCCGACGCUGUUUGUGGGUCCUACCGGCACUGGCAAAUCAGCCAUCACAAACAACUUCCUCCUUCACCUUCCCAAAAAUACCUACCUGCCCAACUUUAUCAAUUUCUCUGCCAGAACUUCAGCCAAUCAAACCCAGGACAUCAUCAUGUCCAAGCUGGAUCGACGGCGGAAGGGCCUUUUCGGGCCUCCCAUGGGGAAGAAAGCAGUGGUGUUUGUGGAUGACCUCAACAUGCCGGCCAAAGAGGUGUAUGGGGCCCAGCCCCCCAUCGAGCUCCUGAGACAGUGGAUUGACCACGGUUACUGGUUUGACAAGAAAGACACAACCAGGCUGGAUAUUGUGGAUGUGCUGCUUGUGACAGCCAUGGGUCCUCCUGGAGGAGGAAGGAAUGAUAUCACUGGUCGAUUCACUCGCCAUUUGAACAUCAUUUCCAUCAGUGCCUUUGAGGAUGACAUUUUAACCAAGAUUUUUGGUUCUAUUUCGGAUUGGCACUUUGGGAAAGGAUUCGAUGUGGCAUUCUUAAGGCAUGGAAAGAUGAUGGUACAAGCGACCAGGACAAUUUACAGAGCUGCAGUAGAGAACUUCUUGCCAACUCCCUCCAAGUCCCAUUAUGUAUUUAACCUGCGGGACUUCUCACGGGUGAUCCAGGGGGUACUGCUGUGCCCUCACACCCACCUGCAGGAUUUUGAAAAAUUUAUCCGGCUCUGGAUCCAUGAGGUAUAUAGGGUGUUUUAUGAUCGCCUGGUUGACAAGGAGGACAGAGAGGUCUUUUUUAACAUGGUGAAAGAGACCACCUCCAGUUGUUUCAAGCAGACUGUGGAGAAGGUGCUCAUCCACUUGUCACCCACUGGAAAGAUUGUUGAUGAUAACAUCCGUAGCCUCUUCUUUGGGGAUUUCUCCAAGCCAGAAAGUGAUCAAAAAAUCUAUGAUGAGAUCACUGACCUAAAACAUCUCACAGCGGUCAUGGAGUACUACCUGGAAGAGUUCAACAACGUCAGCAAGGCCCCCAUGUCCCUGGUCAUGUUCAGGUUUGCCAUUGAGCACAUCUCCAGGAUCUGCAGAGUUCUGAAGCAGAACAAAGGCCACUUGCUCCUGGUGGGCAUUGGGGGCAGUGGGCGGCAGAGUGCCACCAAACUGUCCACGUUCAUGAACUCCUAUGAGCUCUACCAGAUUGAGAUCACAAAGAGUUACACAAGCAACGACUGGCGUGAGGAUCUAAAGAAGAUCAUGCUGCAGGUGGGGGUGGCCGUCAAGAGCACUGUGUUCCUCUUCGCCGAUAACCAGAUCAAGGAUGAGUCAUUUGUGGAGGAUAUCAAUAUGCUUCUGAACACGGGUGACGUGCCCAAUAUCUUUCCAGCUGAUGAGAAGGCUGACAUUGUGGAGAAGAUGCAAUCAGCCGCCAGGACAGAAGGAGAGAAGAUAGAGGUCACUCCUCUUUCCAUGUACAACUUCUUUAUUGAGAGAGUGAAAAAGAAUCUCCACAUUGUGCUUGCUAUGAGUCCAAUUGGGGAUGCCUUCAGAAACCGCCUGAGGAUGUUCCCUUCGCUGAUCAAUUGCUGCACAAUUGAUUGGUUCCAGUCCUGGCCCACAGAUGCCCUGGAGUUGGUGGCCAACAAAUUUCUAGAGGAUGUGGAGCUUGAGGAUGACAUUCGGACAGAGGUCGUCUCUAUGUGCAAAUAUUUUCAGGAGAGUGUGAAGAACCUGUCAGUUGAUUAUUACAACACGCUCCGCAGACACAACUAUGUCACCCCCACCUCCUACCUUGAGCUGAUUCUAACCUUCAAGACGCUCCUGAAUAUCAAGAGGCAGGAAGUGGACAUGAUGCGGAACCGCUACCUGACGGGCUUGCAGAAACUUGAUUUUGCAGCUUCCCAACUGACCCUGGAUAACCUCCCACCCCUCUGUCCUUGCCAGGUGGCCGUCAUGCAAGUGGAACUGACUGCCCUUCAACCUCAACUCAUCCAAACCUCCGAGGAGACCGCUAAGAUGAUGGUGAAGAUUGAAGAGGAGACUAGAAAAGCUGAUGCCAAAAAGCUUCUGGUUCAGGCAGAUGAGAAAGAGGCCAACGCUGCUGCUGCCGUUGCCCAGGGAAUCAAGAACGAAUGCGAGGGGGACCUGGCCGAGGCCAUGCCAGCCCUUGAGGCCGCACUUGCUGCUCUCGACACCCUGAAUCCUGCUGAUAUCUCGCUGGUGAAGUCGAUGCAGAACCCACCUGGCCCUGUCAAGCUGGUCAUGGAGAGCAUCUGCGUCAUGAAAGGGCUGAAGCCAGAGAGGAAGCCAGACCCCAGCGGCUCCGGUAAGAUGAUAGAAGAUUUCUGGGGAGUGUCAAAAAAGGUUCUUGGAGAUCUGAAGUUCUUGGAGAGUCUCAAGACCUAUGACAAAGACAAUAUCCCCCCAUUGAUCAUGAAACGGAUCCGGGAAAGAUUUAUUGAUCACCCAGAAUUCCAGCCAGCUGUCAUUAAAAACGUGUCAUCUGCCUGUGAGGGUCUGUGCAAGUGGGUGAGGGCCAUGGAGGUGUACGAUCGCGUGGCCAAGGUGGUGGCUCCCAAACGGGAGCGACUGAAGGAGGCGGAGGAGAAGCUGGACAUACAGAUGCAGAAGCUAAACCAGAAACGCGCAGAACUGAAGCUGGUGGAAGACCGUCUCCAGGCCCUGAACAACGAAUUCGAAGAGAUGAACACCAAGAAAAAUGCGCUAGAGGAAAACAUUGAAAUCUGCUCCCAAAAGCUUAUCAGGGCAGAGAAGUUAAUCAGUGGUCUUGGUGGAGAGAAGGACAGAUGGACAGAAGCUGCCCGGCGGCUGGGGAUCCGCUAUAAUAAUCUGACAGGGGACGUAUUAGUGUCCUCUGGGACCGUGGCUUAUCUGGGCGCCUUCACAGUGGAUUAUCGGGCCCAAUGCCAAAAGGAGUGGUUGGCCGACUGUAAGGAGAGGGUUAUCCCAUGCUCCAGUGACUUCAGUCUCAGCAACACAUUAGGGGAUCCUGUCAAAAUCCGUGCCUGGCAGAUUGCUGGGCUUCCCAUUGACUCCUUCUCCAUUGACAAUGGCAUCAUCGUGUCUAAUUCUAGACGCUGGGCCUUGAUGAUCGACCCACAGGGUCAGGCCAAUAAGUGGAUCAAGAACAUGGAGAAAGUGAAUAAACUGUCUGUCAUCAAGUUCUCAGAUGCCACCUACGUAAGGACUUUGGAGAAUGCUCUGCAGUUUGGCACCCCUGUCUUACUGGAAAACGUGGGAGAAGAGCUGGAUGCCUUUAUCGAACCCAUCUUGCUCAAGGCGACCUUUAAGCAGCAGGGGGUAGAAUACAUGAGGCUGGGUGAAAACAUCAUCGAAUACUCGAGGGAUUUUAAGUUAUACAUCACCACCCGUCUGAGGAACCCACAUUACCUCCCUGAAGUUGCUGUGAAAGUCUGUCUCCUCAACUUCAUGAUCACCCCCUUGGGUCUCCAGGACCAACUCCUCGGCAUCGUGGCUGCCAAGGAGAAGCCAGAACUGGAAGAAAAAAAGAACAUGUUAAUUGUGGAAAGUGCCCAGAACAAGAGGCAGUUAAAAGAAAUUGAAGAUAAGAUCUUAGAGGUCCUCUCCCUGUCUGAGGGCAAUAUCCUUGAGGACGAAACCGCCAUCAAAGUUCUGUCCUCCUCCAAACUGCUCUCUGAAGAGAUCUCUGAGAAGCAGGAAAUAGCUUCCUCCACAGAAAUGGAGAUCGAUGCAACUCGAAUGGGCUACAAGCCCGUGGCUGUGCACUCUGCUACCAUAUUCUUCUGUAUCUCUGACCUGGCCCACAUCGAGCCCAUGUACCAGUACUCGCUGACGUGGUUCAUCAACCUCUACAUGCAUUCCCUGGCCCACAGUGCUAAGAGUGAUGACCUGCAACAGCGUAUCAAUUACAUCAUUGAACAUUUCACCCUGAGCAUCUAUAACAACGUGUGCCGCUCUCUGUUUGAGAAGGACAAGCUGCUCUUCUCCCUCCUGCUGACUGUAGGUAUCUUGAAAGAGAAGAAAGAAAUUAAUGAGGAAAUGUGGUACUUCCUUCUCACCGGUGGUGUUGCCCUAGACAACCCCUACCCCAACCCAGCUUCCGAAUGGUUGUCUGAGAAGGCGUGGGCAGAAGUGGUUCGGGCAUCCUUGCUACCCAAACUGAGAGGCCUGAUGGUACAUUUGGCACAAAAUACGAAGGAGUGGAAGAUGAUCUAUGACUCAGCCUGGCCCCAUGAAGAGAGAUUCCCUGGACCUUGGAAGUCCCUCCAAGGACUAGACAGGAUGGUCAUCCUCAGAUGUUUGCGGCCUGACAAGAUAGUCCCGGCCAUUCGGGAGUUCAUUUCUGAUCACAUGGGAAAGGUGUACAUUGAAGCCCCUACAUUUGAUCUCCAGGGAUCCUACAAGGAUUCCAGUUGUUGUGCACCAUUGAUUUUCGUGUUGUCUCCAGGUGCAGACCCCAUGGCAGGCCUGCUGAAGUUUGCAGAUGACCUUAGCAUGGGAGGUCCCAAAACACAGACCAUCUCCCUUGGCCAAGGCCAAGGUCCUAUUGCUGCCAAAAUGAUAAACAACGCCAUAAAAGAAGGGACCUGGGUGGUCUUACAGAACUGCCACCUGGCCACAAGCUGGAUGCCUGCACUGGAGAAGAUCUGUGAGGAGGUGAUUGUUCCUGAGAGCACGCACGUGAGAUUCAGACUCUGGUUAACCAGCUAUCCAUCAGAGAAGUUUCCAGUUAGCAUUCUCCAGAAUGGGAUCAAAAUGACCAAUGAGCCCCCAAAAGGGCUUCGGGCCAACCUUUUGCGCUCCUACCUCAAUGACCCCAUCUCAGACCCCACUUUCUUCCAAAGCUGUACCAAGCCAGUCAUGUGGCAAAAGCUGUUAUUUGGCCUUUGCUUCUUCCACGCCAUCGUUCAAGAGAGGAGGAACUUUGGACCCCUAGGUUGGAAUAUUCCUUAUGAAUUCAACGAAUCUGACCUCAGGAUCAGUAUGCGGCAGAUCCAGAUGUUUCUCAAUGACUACAAGGAGGUGCCAUUUGAAGCUCUGACCUACCUGACAGGAGAAUGUAAUUAUGGAGGUAGAGUGACAGAUGACAAAGACAGGCGUCUCCUGCUGUCCCUACUGUCCACGUUCUACUGUAAGGAAGUUGAGGAGGACCAUUAUUUCCUUGCUCCUGGAAAGACUUACUACAUCCCUCCCCAUGGCCCCUACCAGUCCUACAUCAGCUAUAUCAGGACCCUCCCCAUCACAGCCUACCCAGAAGUAUUUGGCCUCCAUGAUAACGCGGACAUCACCAAGGACAAUCAGGAAACCAAUCAGCUCUUUCAAGGGGUGCUGUUGACCCUCCCUAGACAGUCAGGAGGGAGUGGAAAGUCCCCUCAGGAAGUGGUUGAGGAACUGGCCCAGGACAUACUCUCCAAGCUUCCCAAAGACUUUGACCUGGAAGAGGUGGUGAAGUUGUAUCCUGUGGUCUAUGAGGAAUCCAUGAACACUGUCCUGAGGCAGGAGCUCAUCAGAUUCAACAGACUGACCAAAGUGGUUCGCAGAAGCCUCAUUGAUCUUGGCCGAGCCAUCAAAGGGCAGGUCCUGAUGUCCUCGGAGCUGGAGGAAGUCUUUAAUAGCAUGCUCGUGGGUAAAGUGCCAGCCAUGUGGGCUGCCAAGUCCUACCCAUCGCUGAAGCCCUUGGGGGGCUACGUGGCUGACUUGCUGGCCCGCCUGGCCUUCUUUCAGGAAUGGAUUGACAAGGGGCCCCCUGUGGUCUUUUGGAUUUCUGGAUUCUACUUCACACAGUCUUUUUUGACCGGUGUUUCUCAGAAUUAUGCCCGGAAAUACACCAUCCCUAUUGACCACAUUGGAUUUGAGUUUGAGGUAACGGCACAAGAAACAACCAUGGAGAGGAACCCAGAAGAUGGGGCCUACAUAAAAGGACUUUACCUAGAAGGUGCCCGUUGGGACAGGAUAGGGAUGCAGAUUGCAGAGUCUUUCCCCAAAAUCCUUUAUGACCCAUUGCCCAUCAUUUGGCUGAAACCAGGGGAGAGUUCAACAUUUCUGCAUCAGAACAUUUAUGUGUGUCCAGUCUACAAAACAAGUGCUCGGGGAGGUACCCUCUCCACCACAGGCCACUCCACCAACUACGUCCUCUCCAUUGAGCUCCCAACAGACAUGCCCCAGAAGCACUGGAUAAACCGAGGGGUAGCCUCGCUGUGUCAGCUGGAUAACUGAUGGCAUUUAUCUCAAGGCACAAAGUAAAAGCCAUUUUAUUCUCUACUAAAAGCCAUUUUAUUCUUGAGAGACAUUAGAUGAUGAUGAUGAUCGUGGUGGUGGUGAUGAUAACAAUGAUCAUAGAGCUGAGCCAGAUAUUUCACAGCAGCCCUAUAUGGCAGGGCUUACUUUAUGGCCACAGAAACCAUGAUAUGGAAAAGGUAGAUGGUAUCCCCCAGAUCAGAGCCACUAAAGUAGAAUUAAAACACAGACAGUGGAAUUCUUCUACCUAGACUUUUGGUCAUAUGACUUAAGUUCUCUCGUAAUUAUUUUUUAUUUGAAUCACUUCUUUCCUAGUCUAUCUAUAGGGCUACCAUCAAUGCCCCUUAGGGGCUUGGAAUACUCUUAUUUGCUAAGGCUCUUGAUAGAUUUAAAAUGCAUAUAUCCUGCAAUGAUCUUAGGUGGUGGCUAUUAUCUAUUUUAUAGACAGAGUUCCAUAGUCAGUCAGUGGUAGAACUAGGACCCAGCUGCUUCCCGACUAGCCCAUGCAGAUGAACUAAAGCUUCAGGAAGAAAGGAGAGAUGAGAGAACCAUAUUUGUUGCACACCUACUGGGUACCAAGAUUUGUGCCCAGGCCUCAGACUUGAUCCUGUAGGCUGGGCAUGACUGACUCUCCCUCUGGAGGUUCAGGGGAAUUUAGUAAGUUGCUUGAGAUCAUCCAGGUUUUUCAUACUUGCAGACCAGGUUUCCAGUCGAGGUUUGUCUGGUUCUUGAACCCAUGCAUUUGCCACAUGCUACCUCCCUAAGGACUUGGCUGUGUUGAUACAGACUCCUGGAAGAGAUAUCUAGCUCCAACUACACAACACUGCCAAGAAAUUUCAAUCACUUGUUUCUCCCCAAGGCCAGCUGGAAGGGAAUCCUGAGGGAGAUAAAAGAUUGAAUUCUUGAUGUAGUGAGUCUUCACUAACCCUUUCAUGUGGCUCUUUGGCUCUAAGUGGCUUCUUUCAGGGUAUUCUAUUGGUCACUUCACAGCUGAGCAGACAUACAGCUAUUUGAGUCUUAAUGUAUCUGGCCAGGAUCCUCUUCACUAAAACAAAUGUCCUGACUCAGGGUCUUCAAUUUUUUUUUUCCUGAAUGCGGGAAGUUUCUGAGAACCAAUAAACAUAUUUCAGAAAACUUCCAUUUUAGUUCCUUUAUGGCACCAAAUUCUAAUUGAGGAAUCUGACUUCUGAGAUCAGCAAAUCAUCCUGGUGACCCAAGAGAUUAAGCACACCCUUGUUCUCCAAAUCUUGCCACUGAGGAAGUAGAAACCAUGAAGAAGAGCUAGGGUCUAGCUUUUGCAGUAGGUAACUUAAUAGCUAUUUUUUUUUCUGAAGAAACCUGACUUUUUACAGUGAGGGAAAAAAUCAGAAUGCACAGAUAGCUGGAAUUGCUGUACCAUUCCAAGUAGCCUGGUCAGACAUGUGAGAUGGAAAGAUGGUCAGAAUCCCACAUCCCAGAAUCUGGGACUGGUAGGUAAGUCAUAUUGCCAUCUGUAAAAGAACUGUCAGAGAGGGGGUUGCUAAGAGCACAACAGAAUUUUAAUUACAGUUAUCCAGUUCCAGCUCCAGCAACAAAAAGCUGAGGGAGGCAGAGACUCUCAUUCUUCAGGGGUCAAGGGACAAAAUGUUUUUUGUGUGAUGGAUGAAAUUUUUGUAAUUAAAAAAAAAUCUUUCCUCCACUUUGAAAACAAAGAUUGACCUAAAUUUGAGGUCAUUUUCAAUUUGGGCCAGUGUGGUAAUAAGGUCUCUUCCUGGGAAAAAGCAAUAUGCUCUUCAGAAACCAUGGUGAGUUAGAGGCUGCAGUCCUAGGCCAGAGAUGGCCAGAAGUCAGCUCUGGGGGAAGCAGCAGGCCCUGAGUAUAAAUAGCUGCGUAGAUAACAUCAGACAAACCUGGCCACCAAGCUAGACCUUGCUCUUGAAAACCUAGCUGCUGAGUAGCUGGUUAUGUUAAGUCCAUCUCAAUGAUGGAAGAAAAUUACAUUAAAGGAGGGGAUGCAGGAAGGUAGGUUGUACUUUUAAAUAUAUAUAUUUAUUUUUUAGGUAUAGUUGGACACAAUAUCUUUCUUAUUUAUUUUUAUGUGGUGCUGAGGAUUGAACCCAGGGCCUUGCACGAGCUAGGCGUGCACUCUACCGCUAAGCCACAACCCCAGCCCUAGGUUGUACUUUUUUAAAAGACUGAAGAUUUUUUUAUAGUCUUGGAAAGAAAAUGGGGAGAAAUCAUAUUAAAAAUAAAAACAAGCCAGAUGUGGUGGUGUACACCUGUAAUCCUAGAGACUCAGGAGGCUAAGACAGGAGGGUUGCAAGUUCAAGGCCAGCCUCAGCAACUUAGCAAGACCCUAAGUGACUUAGUGAGACCCUGUCUCAAAAUACAAAAUUGUAAGUGCUGGGGACUUAGCUCAGGGGUAAAGGGCCCUGAGUUCAAUCCCUAGUACCAAAAUUUUUAAAAGUUACAUGGAAGGUUUGACAAUACAUUGACAAUAAAGGCUGUGCAACAGUAUAUGCAUCUUUGCAAAGGAGGCUAGACAUAAAAUUCAAAUGUAGGUAAGAUUUCUGUGGUGUAGAAGGUCCUCAAAGGUUGGCUAGCAAUUAAAUCAACUUUGUGGAGAGGCUGGGUGGGAAGGGUGGUUUCUACAUUCAAUGGACUAAGGCAAAAAUUAUACCUAGUCAAGUUACUUAAAAAUGGAGCAUGAGGGAGAUGGACAAGCCGUAGCCCACUUGGCAACACAGCCAGUUCUUCCUCCAGUGUGGGUACAGCUCACUGUCUAAUUGGCAGACCACCAGACGAAGCAGUUGGCUUGAGUUCACAGACACAAUGUUGCAUGGGAAAUACUUUAAACAUUAGAACCAACUCUAGGCAGGGAGAUGCUUCCAUACUGAGACCCAAUGAAGGAAAGUGACUGAAAGAAUGGCAGAUUUCUAUCCCCCAAUUUAAGCCCGGCUGGGACACUGCACACUGAAUGGCCACUAUGCCUGGCAGCACAUUAAAAUUUCUGUCUCUCUGUACCAAAGGCCUAUUGCUGCAUUUGUGUUAAGUACGCAUGUGCAUAUGCUAUUACUCACAGCUGCUCUGCAUAUCACUGCCAAACCCUGUAGUACUUACCCUGAGCAUGAUAAAGUAUGUUCCUGCUCAUAGGAGGUAAGUUUCAUCAGCUGCUUCUGAGGGUCAUCAUAUCCCAUUUUGGAAAGAAUACAAAGAGACCAAAAUCGGUAGAG